AUGCUGGCCAUUCGCUCUCUUUCCGCCAGGCAAUGCCUGCGCGCCGCCCCCCGCGCUGCCACCUGGUCUGUUGCUAACCAGCGAUUCUACUCUACCACCGGCGACCGCGUUGCCAAGUACGAGGGCACCAAGGAUGCCAAGGGCAACUACCUCGUCUCCCUGAUCGAGGGUGACGGCAUCGGUCCCGAGAUUGCCGAGUCCGUCAAGGACAUCUUCUCCGCUGCCAAGAUUCCUAUUGCUUGGGAGCCCGUCGAUGUUACCCCCAUCAUCAAGGAUGGCAAGACCGCCAUUCCCGAUGCUGCCAUUGAGAGCAUCAAGAAGAACAAGGUCGCUCUCAAGGGACCUCUUGCUACUCCCGUCGGCAAGGGCCACGUCUCCCUCAACCUCACCCUGCGCCGUACCUUUAACCUCUUCGCCAACCUCCGUCCCUGCCGCUCCAUGGCCGGCUUCAAGACCCCCUACGACGGCGUCGACACGGUGUUGAUCCGUGAGAACACCGAGGGUGAAUACUCCGGCAUCGAGCACGUCGUUGUCGAUGGUGUCGUUCAGAGCAUCAAGCUCAUCACCCGCGAGGCCUCCGAGCGCGUUCUUCGCUUCGCCUUCCAGCACGCCCAGUCCAUUGGCCGCACCAAGGUUCGCGUCGUUCACAAGGCCACCAUCAUGAAGAUGUCCGACGGUCUCUUCCUCAACGUCGCUCGCCAGGUCGCCAAGGACUUCCCUGCUAUCGAGUUCGACGCCGAGCUUCUCGACAACACCUGCCUUAAGAUGGUUACCGACCCCAACCCUUACAACGACAAGGUUCUUGUCAUGCCCAACCUGUACGGUGACAUUCUGUCCGACAUGUGCGCCGGUCUGAUUGGUGGUCUUGGUCUAACCCCCUCCGGCAACAUUGGUGACGAGUGCUCCAUCUUCGAGGCCGUCCACGGUUCCGCCCCUGAUAUUGCUGGCAAGGGCCUUGCCAACCCCACCGCCCUUCUUCUCUCCUCGAUCAUGAUGCUGCGUCACAUGGGUCUCACCGACAAGGCCGUUCAGAUCGAGAACGCCAUCUUCCAGACCAUGGCUGAGGGCAAGGCUCUCACCGGUGAUCUCGGCGGCAAGGCCAAGACCAGCGAGUACGCCUCUGCUAUCAUCAGCAGACUGUAA